AUGUAUUUCGACGAUAUUUUAGUUAUUUUGGGUGAAUUUGGACGAUAUCAAAAAAUUCAAUUCGUUUUGGUAUGCUUGGUAGCCAUACCGUCAUCGUAUUUCCUACAAGCUAAUACGUUUAUGAGCGCGUCUUCCGAUCAUUACUGUAAAGUUUACGACAACCAGAAAUUCCAUGACACAUCUCCGUUGAAAAACUGUACGAUUCCAUACGAUGCUGAGGACGAAGCGUGGGACUCGUGCAGUCGAUAUGACGUCAACGUUUCGAUGGGUAUAUCACCCGAACUGUGUUCACAGAAUUCUGGUACACUUGAAUGUGAUAAUGGAUGGGUAUAUGAUACAUCGGUAUACGAAAACACCGUGGUACACGAGUUUGACUUGGUAUGUGAGAAAGAUUGGAUGAAGCAAUUAUCGAAAUCCAUUGUGCCCCUUGGCAAUCUAGUUGGUGGUAUCGUAAUAGGACAGCUGUCUGAUAUAUUUGGUAGGAAACCUAUGUUUAUUUUUACCCUGAUGACAUCAAUCGUUGUUGGCGUAAUCGCAGCCUUCUCUCCUAGUUAUCCUUUCUUUAUUAUAUGUCAAUUUCUACUUGGUGUCGUUUCUAUUGCUGUCUUUCUCGUAGCAUUCGUCAUCGUGGUAGAGUUGGUUGGCACCUCAUACAGAACUGACUGUAGCAUCUGUACGAUGUUGUUUGCUGCCUCUGGGCUGAUCGUAUUGGGAGUUUGUGCUGCGCUGACGGAUGGUAACUGGAGACAAAUUCAGUUGAUUGGUGGUCUGCUCUCUGUGUUUUUCAUUCCUUAUAUUUGGUUGGUACCAGAGUCUGUCAGAUGGUUGAUUCAAAAAGAGAAGUAUGACAAGGCAGAGAGAAUUUUAAACAAAGCUGCGAAAACGAACAAAGUGUCCUUACCAGAAGAUAUGUUCAAGGAAGAACGGGAAAUGGCGGCAAAAGCAAAAGAGGGCAAUGCAGAUAAGAUUUCAAUAGAUCUACACCAAGUAAAGAAAGACACAAUGCUGGAUUUAUUCAAAACUCCAAACCUGCGAAAUCGAACUAUUAACAUAUGUUUUAACUGGUUCGCCAACAGCUUUGUAUACUAUGGAAUAGCCUUGAAUACUGAUCAACUGGGAACAAAUCCAUACAUAACAUACCUCGUGUACAGUGCAGUGGAAUUCCCGUCAUACCUCUUGUGCUGGUAUUUACUUGAUAAAGUCGGUCGUCGAUGGUUGUUGUGUUCAUAUAUGGUGUUCGGAGGGAUAGCUCUGAUCAUCAGUGUUCCGCCAGAUAACGUUAAUAUCGCCACUACAUUUGCAAUGAUUGGUAAAUUUUUCAUCGCUGGAUCCUUUGCUAUUGUGUACGUCUUCUCGGCAGAGCUGUACCCAACAACAGUCAGGAAUGCCGGUAUGGGACUUGCAUCUACAUGGGCACGUGUUGGUAGCAUGGUAUCACCGUACGUCAUGUUACUAAUCGAUGUGUGGUACCCAAUGCCGUAUCUGAUGAUGGGAAUUACGUCAAUAAUGGCAGGUCUACUCGCUCUUUUACUACCAGAAACGUUGAAGAAAAACCUGCCGGAAACGUUAGAAGAAGGAGAAUUGUUUGGAACAAAAUAUUACCAGAAAGAAGAAAAAGAAAAUCUAAGUAAACAAACAGUUGAAAUGGAAAUACAAUGUGAUCUGGAUCAAACUGAAGAUAAUGCUGACCACACGCCUGUCGACAACGAUGGUUUUGUUAAUAAGGCCUUUAGAG